ACAAAAUAUGUUAAUAUUUGAUUCUGCUAACAUCUCUUAGUACUAUUCGAUGCUUUCCCUCAGUUGAUUGUUUAGAGGUUUUAUUUGUUUAUUUUUUCGCUGUACUAGUAAAUUUUAUCUAAUAAUACUUAAUUGUUAAAAUAAACUCGUUUUUAAACAGUAUAUGUUUCAGGGAAAAGGUCGGUCUUCUAGCUUCGGAGAAGUUUUUCAACUAUUAGCCAUUUAUUCUGGGUUGCCAAAAGUUUCAUUGAUCCUCGAUAUAUACCCCGAAUCGAUUUCAUAAAUCUCAUUCAACCAACAUUGUUUUAAAACUAGAUUAAAUUAAGUAAUGGGAUAUCAAAAGUCGAAUACUAAAUGUUUUAAGCCUAUUAUGUUUCUAAAACCAUACAAGCGAAUGAUUACAGCCUGAUCCAAAUUGUUGAGUUAAACAUCACUCAGUUUUUAUGUAAGAUAAAACCAAUUAGAACAUAGAUAAAGACAGACAACAGACGGACUUAUUCAUUUGUAAAUAAGAAUGAACAUAAUUUAUCGUUCGAGCUUAUCUCAUGUAACUCAUAGGAUUACUAUGUGUCUACUUUAUAAGCUCUUUACUUAUCCAAAAAGAGCUAGUGCCAGUAUAAGUCAAUCUUUCUCAGUGAUUGUUUGCUGAAGUCUAUCUGACUCGAAUAUUGAUUAGUUCGUGAUGAUAAAAUUUUACGCCAUUGACCUUAAUAUCUCAACUAUUAGUUUGUAAUAGUAGAUCACCUGAUUAAAAAAUUGAUUCUAGUUACUACGCUUAUCGAUCAUUCAAUAGGAUAUACUUUAAUGAGCAACAACAAUACUUGGUGUUGAGGAAUAAUCCUAACCCACUGAAUGUCUCCUUGUCAAACAAUAAAAUCGAAUUAUGAGUGGUUUGUUAAAUAAUCACAAAUUCUUCUAUAUAUAACAUAGUCCUCACUUUAUGUAGUUAAGUAACAUAAAAAUAUAUGCUAAACAACAAUAUUAUUUGUGAGAUACGUUCGUGUAUUGACAUCAUAUUAGCUCAUCCAAACAAUUAUGCCUAAUGAUACUGACAGUACUUUAAGUAUACCACACGACUGAUUUCAAUUCUUACACUUUUUUUCACAAUAUAUCUUUAUAUUCAAAGCAUUUGUCUAUUUUCCUUUUUUAUUUUACAAAACAAAUAUCUACAUUCUCUCCGUCGUAUGUACAUAUUUUAGGCCCAAUGUCAGUUGUUUGAAAAACUGUAUCGUGCUUGGUGUUAUAAUCCUGUUUCUCUGUUAGCACUAUGUAUGCUGACUGAAAAUUAUAAACAUUGUAGUCGUUUAGUGAAAUCAUUGUAUCCUUUUUUUAAUUGGAAAAAAGUAGAAUUUUAACAAUGGAUUUAAUUUUCAAUCAGUUUUUUAACAGCAUAUAAAAUAAAUGAAGUGGUUAGUUUUUUUUAUAAUUUUCAUUGAAUAGAACUAAUCUAUGGUGUGAGAUUUAAAGGGCAUUUGUAAAUGUGUUGUGUGUACAAAGAGCAUGCAGCAAUUAUUUCUGGUAUUGUUGUAUUCUAUUCAUCGUAAUUAAUAGACAACGAGUUAAUCAAUUCAAGAUAGUAGUGGUAUAACUUACCACAUGUUGUAUCUCGAGUCUAAUAAAGCUAAAAAUUUCUCAGUGAAUUCUAAGGAAGGAAGUGGACUUGGCAGCUUCGCAAAAAUAUUCAGAUCACUCUGUUAAUUACACUUACUGUAUGCAAGGUAAGUGAACUCCUUUGACUAAUAAUCGCGGUAGAUCGAGUGAAAUACAAACGGUUAUCCUACUAGUGAAAUUACUAUGUCUGAAGAACUGAAGGAUGCUUUUGGUGAUUUUUGACAAAAUUUACUUCCUUUUCUGACUUAAGAAUUAAACAAAUCACAUCAUAGUGCCAUAAUAUCAAGUAUCAUUUUCUGAUAAGUAAUAUGCCUUUGGUUACCAUAUCUUUAAUAAUAUUUAAACCAUAACUUCGUUCACACUUUUACCUCAUUCAAAAACUAUCCCGGUUCCGUAUACGUUGAGAUAUACGUUUUUUUUUUUAAAUGUACAAUUUCAUUUAUGUGAUAGCUUAAUUGUAUUUUAAUAAUUAGAAUAAAUAUUGCGGGGAAGAAGAACAAGGAGAUUUGAUAAACAAUCAUAUGUCAACUAAACGAUACUUAGUUCAAAUAGGGAAUGAAUUUAUGCGUAAGGUAGUGCGUUCUGCAUGCUCCAUGCGUUAGUUUUAUUCCUUAACGAUAUUAUUUUGUUUUUGACUAAGCGGAGAUAUUGUUAUUACUGUUGAAACUCUCUGUGAUAUGGAUCAGCUAAUUCAAAUGAUAGAAUCACCAAUAUUCUCCAGUCUUCGGAUGCAUAUGCUUGAUAAACGAUUCAGUGCUGAUCUUCGCGAAACUUUAUAUUGCCUACUUAUGUGUCUUCCACAAACAGAUGCCUUUCAGACACUUUGGCGACGCUUACAAUGCUUACCACCUGUGGAAUAUAUUUCAGAUAAUCCAGUUAGUCGGAUUUCAAAAGGUCCCCAGUCUACACAGAAUAUAAUUAGUGUGUACAUCAACUUUAAUGAGUUAUUUGAUUACUUUCAUUCAAUUCAGAAGCAAUCUGAUGAAUAUCGUUUAAUGAAAAUGAUAAAUCACAAUAGGAAUGGAGCACAACCACAAAAUCAAAAUAGUUAUACAAUAUCCAAUGAAAAUCGUUCAAAUAGAGGUAGUCUUGGAAACGUUUUUAAUAAACUGGCUGUCUCCGAUGAAAAGCCAUCUAAUAAUAUAUAUCCAACUGAUAUUCAGAGGAAAAUUGAUUCUAAAACCACAGUUUGUUCAGCUAAUGAUUAUCUUACUGCGGUAAAUUUGUUUGCUCCUUGUAAUAUUGUUUUAAUUAUUUUCGUGAAUUAAAUGAUAUUAAUCUUAAAGAUGCUCUCAGCAAGCACAAUAACAGCUUCCCUACUCGCAGCAUAAUCUCCACGCUUUCUUAUAGCCUAUCAUGAUGACAGGAAACUUAAUGUAUGUAACUGAUGUAAUGGCAUGUGCAAAGUGUUUUUAACUUACUAAAGCUAAUGUUUAAGUAUGAACUUCAUUUGUGGAAAAAAGUAUUCAAGGGGUUUCAAACAAACCACCUCUUCUUAGUGUCUUCUGAAUCGUUACUGAGAAGUGAUUUCAAGAUUUCACAUACCACUGUGAUUUAUGUUUCUCGUAUAUACAACCAAAACAAAUGCUUAUUGUGUACAUAAAAUUAGCUAUUUGUUUCUCUUUUUUCACCUUGGAUUGACUUGUCAAUGUUUUUAAGUGGAAGUUCUUAUCUAUUUCACCAGAUAUUUCAUCAUUUUGUAAUUAUUCCAUUGAUUACUUUGCUCAUUUGCUACUCUCACUGUUCGAUUAUAAAUUCAUUUUCAACACAGAUGUUUAUUGAUCCACGUUGCCAUACCUCAUCUCAGCACAGCAAGAAGAGAGAAAUGGGACUAAUACCCAUAACAGUCAUCACAAUGAAAAGUAUAAUUAAAACAAACAAAUAAAAUUGAUUAAUGCGAAUUACAGAGUGAAUACUACCAUAGUUUUUUAUUCUCGCUAAUAAUAUUGCUCUCACACUCUAGCAGACGGGUCGGAUAUUUCUUCAAAAAUGUUCUGUUAAAUUUGUCGAUAUGAUUCACAGUGUAGUGAGAUAUUUAUUUUUAAUUUGAGAAGAUACAGUAAUAAAGCUGAAUUUUCAUCUGUACUAUCGUUGAUGUAUACCUAGAUGCUUCAUAUUGAGUUUUAUCUAAUAUUAUUCUAAUAUUUUUUUUCGAAAUCUUUUUUUAGAGUUUUGUCAAUCUAGGAAUAAACAUUGACUACGGUGCCCCAUUGAAUAUCGUUGAUUAGUUGGGUUUUUGUCGGAAUCGUUUGCAUGUUGAAUAUGAUGCUUUUUAUUGAUUUUUGGAUUUUUAUCUUUACAUACAAAUGACUCCAUGUGAUCACUUCUAUUUACAUGUACUAUGUUAAAUUGUGAUUUUUUAAUACUUCUGAAACUGCAUAUAACUGGUGAUUGAAAAUAUGAUACAUUUAAGGUCACUUCAUUUAUUUUAACUUUUUCGUAAUUCUUAAAUAUGAUUUUUCUUCAUUACCAGUCUUUUGUUCUUUUGUCAACUGUGAUCAAUAAGACGGUUGAACUUCCUUGUUGGUGUCCUUUUACAACGGAUAAUUUCCAUGUAUAUUCGGUACUUUAUACAAUUUAUUUGUAUGGAUGUACGCAGUUGGUGUUGGUCACGUGUGAUGAGGUAGCUUGUAAUUGUUGCUCAACUUCAAAUAGACUAAACAUCUAACCAGUGGAUCCUUGUAGUGUGUAUAUGUACAAAUGGGGUGGAUUGUUAGGUGUACUUUGUCACAUUGCCUACCAAAUUUGACAACACUAUUUAAGUCUCCCUUCCCAAGUUUGGCUGUUACGACUUUAAAUGUAUGGAAAACAGCUUUUUUUUCAGGUAAAUGGUUUAAUCCAAAAAAAGAUUAAGAAAAUUUUAAAAUGUUUAUCAAAAUUCAGGAUCUUGUUAUUCUGAAUUGUGGGAGUAUUCUUUACUGACAUUGCAUUGACAAUUCAUUGACGUUUUAAUAUUUAGUCUAUAGACAUAAAAUUGUUACUAAAUUAGAUAGGAAACUGUGAUAGAUUGUCUAAAUUCAACUAAUAUUUCAGUCAGUUUGUCUAAUGAUAUUGCAUCAACACUUCCUCAAAGAUCUUUCGAGUCAGUUCUUUAACUUUUCAUUGUAUUUUCCAUUUCGUAGCUAGUUUCAGCUUUAUCAACUGCUUAAGGUUUAGUCAUCUAGUUUCAUCACAUGUAGACUCAAAAGAAUGAAAUUGACUGAUAAUCCAUCAUAAUUUUACGUGAUGUAUUCUCCCCAUCAUUACAGGGACUUGAUUUAAGGGAGACAAACUGAGUCAUUUUGUACAACCUUUUCAAUUGUUGUUUUGGAUCCAGUAUUUCAUAUAAAUACUGACUGCUAAUUAGUGUUGCUUUUGCUAUAUAUAGUCUUCGUCGGAUAUAACAAUUCGUUUAACACUCGUGAGUGGGAUAAAUAUGACAUUUUAUUUGUUUACUUUUGGAAGUAUAUGUUUCAGUCAUCGGUGAUCUGUUACUAGUAUCAUCUUAAAUUUGAUUAGAUAAAAGGGGUGCUAGUAGUCGUCCAUCAUUUUGGAAUUAAAACAUUGUCGUACGACCUAAAAAGACAUGUAAUGCAUAAAACUAUUAUCAAGAUACAAGUCUACUAUCAGUUGUGCCUAAGUCGCUGGGUUCCACUGUUUCUUAUAACCCGGAUUUUUGCUCCGAACAUUUCCUAUAUGCUGACAUAUAAUAAAUCACCUGAUGAUCAAUUAAAUAGAAAGAAUUAAUAGUCGACAUAUCUGUAUCAAAUUUCUUAAGGAAACCUGCUGGUCCGAUCUAACCUCAAGACUUAGUAGUCUGAAAUGUCUUGGGGACACAUUAGUACUUUCACACUGGUGAUUUACUGAAGAGACA